AUGACAGGCAGGGACGCGUUUUUCGACGGGCGUGCCAGGAGUAAGGCGCUGGUGCCUGGAGGGCCCCCCGCCGGCUCGCGCCCACGGGGCUUCGCCAUCAACGACUUGCUGGACCUGGAGGCAGAGCUGCCCGCACCUGCGGGUCCCAGGCCGGGAUCGGACUGCGAAGGCCCGGUGGCCGCGCCCUGCGGGGAUCCAGGGCUCGGGGGCUCUUGCCUGGCCCGCGGGGCCCUCCCGUUAGGGCUCGGCAUCCUCUGCGGCUUCGGGGCGCAGCCGCCUGCGGCCGCCAGGGCGCCCUGCCUGCUCCUCGCCGACGUGCCGUUCCUGCCGCCCGAGGGGCCUGAGCCCCCGGCACCGCAAGCCCCCGGCUGCCCGCCGACCCCCGCCGCCCGCCAGAAGCGCAGCGAGAGCGUCUCGACGUCCGAUGAGGACAGUCCAGCUGAAGAUAGGAGUGACCUGAGGGCGUCCCCCGCCCCCGGCAAGAGGAAGAAGCGGAGACACAGGACUGUUUUCACUGCCCACCAGCUAGAAGAGCUGGAGAAGGCCUUCGGCGAGGCCCACUAUCCUGACGUGUACGCCCGGGAAAUGCUGGCUGUGAAAACCGAACUCCCCGAAGACCGAAUACAGGUGCUGGGCUCCUUUCUCCUCCCAAAGACACGUGAAAGUGCUUCCCUCACACGCAGUGAGUCGGCCCACAGCCACCGCUAA